AUGAUGUCUUCGAUUCGCAAAAAACUUCUGGUAACAAGAGGGGAUAUUACAAAAUUAGCUGUUGAUGUUAUUGUAAAUGCUGCAAAUUCUUCCCUGCUUGGAGGUGGGGGAGUAGAUGGUGCUAUACAUGCUGCAGCUGGUCCAGAAUUAUUGGAAGAAUGUAAAGGACUUAAUGGGUGUAAAACUGGUGAAGUUAAGAUGACUAAAGCUUAUAAUAUUAAAGAUGUUAAAGGUUUAUUUUAA